AUGCUACCCGUUUCAAGACCGGAGGGACAGAUGAAUUUUAACUACGUUCCAACCACUCAGCCCAUGUCAGGUACCUCGACAGGGCGCAGCUCUCCAAGUGACCCGGGGGCUGGAACUUCAAGAAUGCCAUUUGGUCCUUCUCCGGGUUCUAUUGGUAGUUCGAGGCCGGGGGCUGGCUCCCCUUCCCACGACUUGGGAUCGCGUCUGUACUCCAAGCGAGCUCGCGAAAUUCAAGCGCAAGAAGGUGUAUCUCCUAGCAUUUGGGGCCCUCCCACAAGCGGCCAUUCAACCCCGCUUCGCGAGAACAUCCCCGAAUCGCCAAGCCAGGACAGCUUCCCCGAUCUAAUCCCUACCACCAAUGGUUCUAUUGGUAGCCCCGGCCGCCGAGCUCGCGCUGGAACAGUACCAUCUCGCUUUCCCCCGAUGGGCACACUAAAUGAGAUGGAUAUGCAGUCGUCCUUCGUAUCGCAGACCUCUCGACCUUCGCCCUCAACGAGUCCGUUCAGGCCCCCUGGCGUUUCGGGAAUGGACACAAGUUCCAAUAUUGCGAGCUCGGUUGCGCCCGCCCCGGCAUCGCUAUCACGCCUUCGAGCUGGCUCGAUGCCACAGAGAAGCAACUUCUUAGGAGGAGGCGGUCCCUUCGGUCCAUCACUGUUUUCAACCAACUGGUCGACAGGUCGUGAAAGGGCUACCACUUUGACUAGUAUCCGGUCUUCGGAAGGGCCAACUUCGCCAAGCCACUCAUCAUACUCGAGGGAUGGUCUUGCAGACACGGAUGUCAAGACACUGGACUAUCUGGGGCUUGCGGAGACUCCUCAACAGGCGAGGGCAUCUCUUGCACGUUCCUCAAUGGAACAGUUGAUGCAGCAACAGCAACAACAACAAGCUUCUGCGCUGCCGCCACUGUUGGCUGAGCUGGCGAUGAUGAAAAGCAACAACAAUCGCUUCCGCUCAUACUCAGUCAACGCUAAGGAGAAGUACGCGGACGACGAGGAUCUUGAAUAUGAGAACCGUUACUCUCAACUUCCCUCGGGCACCAUGACCCCAUCCGCUGCUGCCACUGCCGCCCAACUAGCUGCCACACAGGCCCAAAUCCACCAGCACAACCUUGCUGUUCAGGCUUUUGCCAGCCAUGCCUCCGUUAGCAGACCUCGAGCACGGACUGCUGGCAUACUGGAAGCUCCACCUCAGCGAUCGUCCAUUCGCAACUACCUUGCAACUCCUUCUCGUCUCGACAACAGCUUCAGUGCCGCUGACUUGCAGAUCCCAGAGAAUGGUGAAUAUGACGAAUUGUCUGAGGCGGUUCAGCUGAUGCAUCUCGGCGGUGGUGGCAUGCCCGCUUCGGGGGGUCGUCAGAUCGGUGAGAUGUCAGACGAGAACAACCAGGAUGGGCCAACUCGGGCAUUGUGGAUUGGUAGUAUUCCUGUUUCUACGACUGUCACAUCGUUGGAGGCCAUCUUUGGCAUAUAUGGAAAGAUCGAGUCAACCCGUGUGCUUACCCACAAGAACUGCGGCUUCGUAAACUUCGAUCGUCUCGACAGCGCCGUGCAAGCCAAGUCGCUGCUCAAUGGCAAGGAAAUCUUCCCCGGCGCCGGUCCCGUCAGAAUUGGUUAUGCCAAGGUUCCUGGCGCGUCGGCAACCGGUACUCCCGGUGCUAAUGGAAUCCAGUCAUCCCCGACUCCCGAUUCAAACUUCAGAUCAAACCUUACCACGGGAGAUGGUUCAAAUCAAGCGGAAAAUUUCCACGCUAUCCCCCAAAUCCCGGCUUUGGCUGAUCUGUUACCCGAGAUGGUGCAGAUUGUGCAAGAGUUUGGCGCUAGCGAAAGUGAUGUUCAGAACAUCACGGCAAGCAUCCAGACUUCCAUCGCGUUCCAAGCCUUCGAGGAUGAGAUCCCCUCAGUUCAGGACCCAAGCCAGUCCCGCAUGUUCGAUGCGCCUCGUCUCCGUGACAUUCGCAAGCGCAUUGACAAUGGCGCAUGCUCGAUUCAAGAGAUUGAGGAAACUGCCGAGGCCAUGCUUCCUGAGAUUGCGGAGCUAGCUUCGGAUUACUUGGGCAACACCGUGGUUCAGAAGUUGUUCGAGUUCUGCUCUGAGGCCACCAAGGAGCAGAUGCUGACUCACAUUUCACCCCAUUUGUCCGAAAUUGGUGUUCAUAAGAAUGGAACCUGGGCUGCACAGAAAAUUAUUGAUGUCGCCAAAACUCCUGCACAGAUGCAGUUGAUUGUUGACGCCCUUCGCCCUUACACUGUGCCUCUUUUCUUGGAUCAGUAUGGAAACUACGUCUUGCAGUGCUGUCUGCGAUUCGCUAGCCCAUACAAUAACUUCAUCUUUGAAUCCAUGCUCAACCGCAUCUGGGAAGUCGCCCAGGGGCGUUUCGGUGCCCGGGCGAUGCGAGCUUGUUUAGAAAGCCACCAUGCCACCAAGGACCAGCAGCGCAUGCUCGCGUCUGCUAUCGCUCUUCACAGUGUGCAGUUGGCUACUAACGCAAAUGGUGCGCUUUUGCUCACUUGGUUCCUCGAUACGUGCACAUUCCCUCGCCGCCGAACAGUCCUGGCUCCGAGACUUGUGCCCCACCUUGUUCACCUCUGCACUCACAAGGUUGCCUAUUUGACUGUUCUUAAGGUGAUCAACCAACGCAACGAGCCGGAGGCUCGUGACACCAUCCUGAAAGCAUUGUUCUUCAGCCCGGGUGAUGAGAUUUUGGAGAAGAUUCUGAAUGAUCAGACCUCUGGUGCAACUCUGAUCUUCAAGGUUCUGACUACUCCGUUCUUUGACGAGUCUAUGCGGGCUGAAGUCGUAAAGAAUGUGUCCAAGGUACUUACUAAGCUCAAGGCUUCCCCAAGCCAAGGCUACAAGCGCCUGAUGGAUGAGGUGGGCCUCUCGUCUCGCAGUAGCGGUCGGGAGCAGCAUGGACGCGAGCACGGAGCUGGCACCCCAGAGAAAUCCCAACACCGCCAAUCCUCUCGGCACGGCAGCACGGGCUAUCCCGCCCAGUCAUCCAUGGACAGGCAGUACAACGGACAAUUCGCCCCCAAUGCGUAUGGUCAAAACCCUGACGCCCGGCCCAUCUCCUCCGAUCAAGCCAACCCCCCGCCUCUGGAUUCCUACUCCAAUGCGCUCGGGAACAACCUGAACGGCUUCCCCUUCUCCCAGGAACCCUUGAGCCAACAGCAGUUGCAAUAUCAAGCCUACCUUGCCUCCCAGGCACGUGGCGUUUCCCCAGGUUACCCGGGAAUGCCGGGUGCCAACUAUGGAUAUCCUGCCGGCUCACCUGCAGACAACCUACGAUCUCUGCAACCUCAACAGACUGCGCCGCUCACGGCAGGACCCGGCCAGAUGAGCCCUAAUCCGAUGCUCGGCCAAAACAACUAUCAGCACUUCGGCCUAGUUAACCCUGCCCAGAUGUAUCAAUAUCCCCCACAAUAUUACCAACAGGCACAGCCGGUGCCGGGGCAGGGUGGAGGUCGACGUGGACGGGUGAGUUCAUUCUCCGAUCGACCCUAG